GGGUGUGAAGUCUACUUGCUUGUUUCCACCGGCACCGAGCUCGCUCACAAACCUCUCUCGAACCUGUACAUCUAAUCCCCAUUUUCCAUUCCUGAACCCUAACUGCGCAGCCUCCCGCAGUGACUAUCGGUAUAACAUGCCGCCCGCCAGGAAAUCUCUGGCCAGCAAGCCAUCUGCGAAGUCCAAGGACUCAGCAUCGGCAUCGGAGUCUUCACCAGUGAACGCUUCAACCUCAUUCGCCGACGUGAAGACACCGGAGACAGAGGCCCAUUCCACCCUUCGAGAUAACGAUUCGUCAGAAGCUGAUGCUGUCAACGCAGUUGCUCCAGCCGAUGGAAAGACCACCGAGUCCCCCGCCAUGUUCGAGGAACCAGCUGACCCGGCAGGCAAGGAUUCAAUUAACCAAUUGGAAUCCGAAGAGCCUUCGGGGAAUGAAGAUGUUGAGUUUGAGGAUGAGGAGGCAAACGAUGCGGUGGCAAAGAUGGAAGCGGAUGAAGGUGUUGAAAAGACCUUUCACAAAGUUAACACCAUAGAUGAGGUUGAAUAUGAGGCCACCGGCUCAGAUGAUGCUGAAGGUGUUGAUGGCGAUGAUGAUAACUCCAGUGAUGCUGAUGUUGACAAUGAUGAGAACGAGGAGAAUGAUCAAACUCUGGAUACGCAGGCUGCUUUGGCUGAGGGGAAGAAGCAAAAGGAAUCCGAGAUAUUUGUUGGCGGACUGGAUAAAGAAGCAGUUGAGGAUGAUUUGAUUAAAUUUUUUGGUGUUUUUGGAGAUGUCCAGUCUGCAAGAAUAGUUAGGAAUCCAAAAACAAAAAGAAGCAAGGGGUUUGCAUUUAUUCGCUUUGCCAAUUGUGAACAUACAAUGAAGGCCCUUGCCGACCUGAAAGAUGGAACAGAGAUAAAAGGAAAACAUGUUCGUAUACAAGCUAGUCAGGAUAAUAACACACUUUAUUUGGGGAACAUCUCUAAAACAUGGACCAAGGAUAACGUGAUCGAAAGGUUAAAAAGCUUAGGAGUUGAAGAUUUUAAUAACAUGAUUUUACCCAGCGAUCCCAAAAAUGAAGAGAAGAUCAAGGGUUUUGCUUUCUUGGAGUUUAGUUCUCAUUCUGAUGCAAUUUUAGCAUUUCAACGCUUAAGAAAACCAGAUGCAGAUUUUGGUCGAGACACAAUGGCAAAAGUUGCCUUUGCGCAUACUUCACUGCAUCCCAACGAAGAUGAUAUAAUGCGGGUUAAGACUGUGCAUUUUGAUGGCAUUCCUACAUCCUGGGAUGAGGAGAAAGUCAAAGAAAUUUGUAAAGACUAUGGUCAAAUCGAAAGAGUUCUGCUUUCUCGAAAUUUGAAUUCAAGAAAAAGGAAAAAUUUUGGAUUUGUUGAAUUCUCAUCUCAUGAAAGUGCAUUGGCUUGUGUGGAAGGGAUAAACAAAGCUCAAAUUGUUGUUGGUGAUGAGAAGGUUGUUGCUAAUCUUGCUCGAUCUAAGAGCAAGGGCCGUUCGAAAGGUGGUUUUAAGAAAAAAAAUGUUGAAACCAUUCAUGAAGCUGGUGGAAGUGGGAAGAAGAGAAAAGCUUCAGAGGUUUUCCUCAAGGACAAAAGGCAUAACACAAAAAUUUCCAAAGUAAGCACUCCGUUUACUUCCCAGAAGAGAGAUUAUAAGGGUAAGAGUGGCCUGCAAGCGUCAAUGUCUCUCAAAAGGAGUAGAAAUAGUAGAAAAGCCACGGAUGCUAAUGAUAGUGGCCGUUCUUCAAGAAAGAUGCACCAAAAUAAUAGUUACGGCAAGGCACGUGAUCAAUAUUCUGAUUAUGUUGGCAACCAUAAGAGAUCUUACUCUGCAAGUCGAGAAGCAGACUCUUGUGCACGUACUAAUUAUGCUGGUUAUGCAGCACCUUCAACUAAUUAUGCUGGUUAUGCAUAUGCUAGAACUUCUGAGCCUCAGCUUCACCCCUCUGAUCUAGUACCUCAUGCUGGAUAUAUUCCUGCACAUAAGCAAGGCACAAGUUCUUAUUUGUACGAUCGAAGAAGACCGGAAACUUACAACAGUGAACCGCCAAGCAAUUUUGGAUCGGAUAGAGAAAUUUCAGGAGUGUCGACCUCUUAUCUUUCAGACUACUCUGAUUAUCAGGGUGCUGGCUAUAGGCAUGACAGCAGUGGGGCUUAUCCAUCACGAGGACCAUAUUAUUACUGACGGCGUCUUGGCUUUGUUCUUGGUCUAUCACUAGAAGACGAAUUGGUGGGCAUAAUGUACUGUCCUUUUAAAUUUCUCGCUGUUGGAAAUUAACUCUUGCCUGCUCUGUUUUUCUUUAAAUCUUUCCAGCUAAAGAGUAAAAUGCCCCUUUGGGCCAAAAAACUCAUUCCUCUGCUUUAGAAGUAGUAUAAAUUUUUCUUCUUUUUCUAUCCUUCUUGUUGUGGAUUGAGGAACAAGUUCCAAACCCUAUAUACUGAUUACUUUAGGCAUAGUUUUAA